ACUGCUCGGCUCGAGAAGCACCCGCCCGCAGCGACCGACGCCGCCAGCCACUCGCCGGUACAGCAGGUCCUCGAGGAGAUGGCCGUCCGACGGAGCAGCUCCCGCGCACUCGCGUGCCUGAUGGUGGCGGCCGCUGCCUGCUGGAUCUGCGCCCCGGCUUUUCUCCCAGUCGCGGACGGCCGCCGCGCGGUGCUCGCCGCCGCGGCGGCUGCGGCGUUGCUGUCGCAGCCGAUCGAGCCCGCUAUGGCGAAGGACGUGCUGCUGUCGGCCACUGCGGACCCGAAC